AUGCCGCCCCUCACCAACCAAGCACCAGCGAAGGCGUGGCCGGAUCCCAUCCGUCACAGUGUGCUACUGCUCGUAUGCAUCGUGAUUGGUGGCCUACUCGUGAUAGCUACCCUCAUUGUCGCGCUUGCCUGGUUCCUGCGUCUCACCUGCUGUGCUCGAGAGCGUCGAGCCAGAUGCGAGCGUAAGGUGGAGUCAACAUCGCAAACUCCUUCCGCCAUCGAAGGUGGGCAGCCGCUGGACGAUUGCCACUCACUCGACAGCGUCACUGUGGUCGACGAUGACCACGUCGAAGAUAAAGAUGCCAAGAGCGAUGCCCCGAAGCAGGACACAAGGCAGUACGUGCCGAUGCGGACCUAUGCUGGCGCGGAAGCUGCAGCGAGCGCUCCACAAAGCACUUGGAACGGCCGAGGAUGGACGUUGUUUGACCCGCCUGUACCCGCUCUCCAGCUACCGAGGCCUGUAGCUCGAAGCGGGGGUGACUACAGAGCAAAGAAGGAGCCUCUCGUCGAACGGAGUGUUGAAGACCUUCUCUGGCCGGCUUCGAUCAAGCGUCGACCCAGCUAUAUCGAGCGCCUAGCCCAACGACAUCACCUCCUUCCGCGCCAUGCCAGCACUGCUCCUCCUUUCAAACCGGCAAUGGAAGAGGACCGGCGAAGCCGGCUGGUCGACAGCGUCUAUCGUUGGUUGGGCCAAGUGACAGAGGCGAGCGAGGCCGUUUAUCCGCAUGCAGCGCUCUCUCCUCUGUCUGGGAGCAGGAGCCACAAGCACGGCAGUAUGCGCAGCGCCUACACCUCGACGACCCUGGCUGAGACCGUUUCCGAGACCAGCUUCGCGACGCAAGCGGGGACGGCGGGCGUCAGGAAGUCCGAGCGCCUGAUCGAACGUAUUGAUGCCGACUACGACCAUCAGCAGCGCCGCGGAACCACUGCUGCUAUAGAUCUUGCCUCGAGGAACGCUCCCGCAGUCGUGAGUCGUGCACCCAGCAUUCGACCCCAGUUCUUCACCACCACAACUCUCGCGAGCUGGCUCGAGCCGGCAUAA